AUGAAGUAUGACAUGAUGAUUGACAUCGUCGAUCCACGAAAAUUUCGCUCUUUUUGCCUUCGUGGAGAGGGACGAGCAAACUUCGUCAUUAGUGCCAAAAACGCAACGACUGGAAUACGAAUUGUCUGGAGGUUCGCAAAAGCAAGAAAAAGUGGCCUUUUGACGUGGAAGGCUAAGAGUGAAUUGGUAAGCCAAUAUAUGGAGCAGCUCGUUUCGCCCUUCUUCGAUGCACGAUAUCUUGUCAAUCCGAAAAUCAUCGAAAUGGCAGUUACGGAUGUUCACCAACUAGCAAAGAUCCCCUCGCUUCCAGCCAACUUCAAGCUUGAGAAGUUCGAUGAGCUGUUAGCUCUUCCUGAUGAUCUCUCAUUUUUCCCGUUGGCGAAUGUUCCGCGAAACGUCGUCAGGCUUUCCGCGUUGGAAAUGUUGGAUGCUACAAGGAUUCCGAAGCACCUAAUCUCCUAUAUUGGACCGACCAUCACGGUUUGUGCAUAA